GAGGCGAGGGAUGGUGGAGCGGGCGCGAUGGCCUCCGCCGAGCCGCCGGCCGAAAUCCAGUUCGCCCAGCGCCUGACGUCCAGCGAGAAGGGCACCCGGGAGCAGGCCGUGAGGAAGCUACGCAGGUUCAUCGGCGUGAAGACGCAGACGGCCGCAGGAUUCAGUCAAGAGGAAUUACUGAAAAUAUGGAAAGGCCUCUUUUACUGCAUGUGGAUGCAAGAUCAGCCCCUCCUACAAGAGGAACUAGCUGGCACUAUUUCUCAACUUAUCCAUGUUGUUGUUAACCUGGAAGCUCAACACUUGUUCAUCCAGACUUUCUGGCAAACCAUGAAUCGGGAAUGGGAUGGCCUGGACAGGCGGCACCUGGACAAAUUCCACCUGUUAACCCGGGUGGUACUGCGAGAGUCCUUUGAGGUACUGAAGAGAAAUGAUUGGGAAGACAGCCGGAUCAAGUUAUUUCUGGGUGUACUCAUGCAAGAAGUCGUGCACCCUGCGAAUCAUGCUUCCAAUGGAGUGAAAUUCCACUUUAUUGACAUCUACCUUGCUGAAUUGGCCAAAGUGGGGGCAGAGGAGCUCACGGCAGAUCAGAAUCUGAAGUUCAUCGAUCCGUUCUGCAAGAUCACCGCCAAGACGAAGGAUCCAGCCUUGGUGCAGACCAUAACCCAGGGCAUCUUCGAAGCCAUCGUAGCCCAGUCUCCGUUUGCCGUUGAAGCCGCCGUGGAGGAGCGACAAGCAAAUGGGGACGGCGGGCUGCUGACAGAGGAGCAGGAGGCGCCUAAAAAAACAUCCAGUAGAAAAGUCAAAGCAGGCAAAGAUUCCUCGAGGAAGGCCGGGUCAAACGUGGAAGAGGAGCCAAAGAUUCAAGUUGGCAGCUUUGAAAACAGUGGUCCUGUACUCCAGUUUAACUAUAAGGCUGUGGCCGACCGGCUGUGCGAAAUGACCGGCAAGAAAAACAUCCCUCCCUUCAACAGGAGGCGGCUCUGCAAACUGAUCCGAAAAUUCCAAGAUCUAGCUGAAGGCAACUUCCCCAAGGACAGUCUCCCUGAAGACGUUUCCGCCGACGAAGACGAUGGCACCUGCGGCCAGGGAAAGCCCAAGAAGGAGGAGGUCACCCAUCUGGAGAAAGCUAAGAGGGAAAAAGAGAAUGGCCGACAGAGAGAGGAGCCGUGCGAGCCCGGCCUGCGGAAGAGAAAAAGGAAAAAGAAGAAGCGCAGCAGCAGCCCCCGGCCAGGCGCCUCGGACGUGGAAGCGAAGGGGAGCGGCGAACCCACAUCUGGGAGAAAAAGGCAGAAACGGGGAGGCGGAGCGUCCGGGCUCGGGGGACGGGACGCUGGCCUCAGCAAGGAGGGCCCCCCGGCAGACACCAGCAGGAAGAGGCUGGGCAAGCGGGGCGAGGGGCCCCAGGAAGAGCUGGGGGAGGCCGCGGUGCCCCCUGCCACCCUCUCCGCCGUGGCAAACGGCCCCACCCAGGAGCCCGUGCCCAACGGGCCCCCGGCCGUCCAGGGGAAGUCUGCGAGAAAGAAGCAGCGGCCCGUGGCCCUCGCCAUCAACGGCAAUGGCCUGGCUCCGCACGUCACAGCUCAGCCCCCGCCAAAGAGAACGUCGGCGUGUUCGGCCGGGGCCGGCGACCCCCAGCCUCCCUUGGCCCAGAAAGUCAAGGUCGAGGAAAAAAAGACAAAGCUGGACUUUCUGGACCCAGUCAUUCUGUGCGGUGAGAAGCCCGGGCUCCUGAAGAAGCGGAAGAAAGCGAAGCGGACCUUAAGCUCGGGGGAAACUAACGGAGGCCUGGAGCCCGCUGCCAAGACUAAUGAAAGCAGCGGGACUUUCAGCCCGGCGAAGAAAGCGAAGCUGAAGCCCGAGAAUGAUUUUGUGAAGUUUGAAAGCACGACGUUGCCGAAGCCCGUGUUCUUCAGGAAAGCCAAAAGCAGUGCCAGCAUCUCCUCCCCGACCGUUCAGUCAGCCCAGAAGCUGCCAUCCAGCUCCAAAAAGGUCACCUUCGGUCUGAACAAGAACAUGACGGCCGAAUUCAGGAAGACUGACAAGAGUAUCCUGGUGAGUCCGGAAGGACCCUCCAGAGUGGCUUUUAAUCCCAAGCAGAAGCCUCUCCAUGGAGUGCUAAAGACUCCGACAGGUUCACCUUCAGGAACUCCCCUAGUGAAUAAGAAAUCACUCUUCCCUCCUCCUCAGAGAAGACCAACUGCAAUGGACUUCUUUUAAGCAUAGAAGUCUUCCUCUCUGUCUCUCUCUCGGGACGAUCUCCUUUUGUACAGAAGACUCUGUAAAUUUGCCUUGGAAAUUUGGGGCCCUUUAUAUUAUUGUUAUUUUAUAAAUUGCUAUAAAUUGUACAUAAACGGUCUGGUUUACUCUGUGACACUGCCGUGUUACUAUCUCUUCUCUAGGGCAAUUGAGACAUCGCGUUGCAUCGGUCGCUCGGAUCCUUGGGGAUUUCCGUUUGUGAGCACGUGUGUGUUGGCGCUCUUGCCUGACACGCAUCCUGCCUCUUGUCGGUAACACGAGCACAUUUAUUCACUUCCCAAAGGGAGGGCAAACAAGUCUCUCCCGGGCCCGACCGGCAACUGACUGCCUGAGCUCCCCAUCCUUAGUGCUCUCUUCCCUCUCCCCGUUGGUGGGGCCCGGAUCGUCGGGCUCUGUCCCGUCCUCCUUCCCUCCCUCCUGCUUGCCCUGCCCUGUACCAUCCCACCCCCCACUGAUCCCGUCCGGGUGGCAUCUCCUCUUUUUUUCUACUGUUCCCAUAGUUCAUCUUGUGGCCUCAUCGCUGGCUGAGGUAGCCUCUCUGUCGCUUUCUGUGUUGAGGUUGGUGGUUGAGUCUCCGGCCGUUUCGUCUUCUCCUGACACUCGCUCAUCCCGGGCAAGUUCCUGAUGCCAACGUCACAUUCUUAAGAGAGCCCAUCGAUGGGCAUAAUUUGCAUUUUUGAACUGUUGUUUCAGUGGGAAAUGGAGGUGGGGGGCAUUGGAGGGUGUUGGAGCCCCCAUACGUACGGUACACCCGUCCUUGAAAAUCGAGGGGACCAAAAGCCAGGACUAGAAUACACGACAGUAAAUGUCACCAACCGUCCGAAUGUACAAUGUCUUGACAAAGUCGAGUCUUGCCUACCAAAAACUGUUGAUGGGUGGCAAGAUGUAGAUGACGUUCUGGGUGGUAUCGCGCGAUGGUCAGGUGAUGAAGGGUCUCUGGAUCCUGGAGUUUAUGCAAGAUUUUUGAUGCCUUAAUGUCUCCUAAACUAAAACUGUCUCGUGGAAAGCGCACAGCAAGUAUUAACUUCAGAGUUCGUGUUUCAUCCUCUAGUCUUUUGCUUUGCACAACCUCAAAUGCACAAUUGGCAGUGCUAGAACAUGAGGCUUCUGUACACUGGUGUAAGCAGAGCCUUUAAAAAAGUCUAGGAAUAAGUUCCAAUGCACCGCUACUUAACUGCUGUGUGAGGCAUACUGAGCAAUGGAUUUCUGGCUCUAAUUGGACUCUGGAUUUUUUUUGAGAUAUACCUCUAUUGCUACUUUUCUGAAAGGACCCUGUAACUACUUAUUUCUUUCCACCGUUGGACUACACCGUGAUGUUUCUGUGCAAUGUCCGUAAAUCAGAAAUCUUUUCUCCUUGCUUUGUUUCCCUCCAUUCCUGCAUCACUGACAUCUUGAGCCCCGGUUGCCAUCUGCUUCACAUUAUUAAGCUGCUAAGAAAGAGCCAAAGCCAACUUCCUGACCGCUACCACCGUCGAUGGGAUUUAGCGAUCCCUUACCGUGUACAAAGCACUGAAAUGAGUGUUUGGGAGAAUUCAGUUGUAUUUUUGUGUUCUCCGUAUCCCGCAUUUUCCACCUUGCAGCCCCUUUUGGACUGAAUUCAUGGGGCAUCAUCUGUGCUGGUGGGCACAGCCCCCUUCCUCUACCCCCUUUCCUCUGCAGUUUUGUUUUGCAUCACUUUCCCUUCAUGACCUGAACACUCAAGCCCAAGAUUUGGCCAUCCUUGGAAGGAAUGGAGUUUACUCUUCUACGCUGUGUUCAAGCAAGCCGUCAGUCACCACAAAAGCCGGGCAGAUUGGGUCUGUGUCUCAGGAUUGGCGAGGUGGAGGUCCAAUAUACAUUCUUCUGUCCUCUGGUGCUCGCAGGUUUAUCCAGAGACCAAAAUGGAUUCCGCGUAGUUUCACUGCGUUCAGUUUUGUCUUAAUUUGUUCUCUACUGGGUUUUUUGUUGGCUUUGUUUUUUUUGAAACCCCUGGGUUUAAAAAGCGGCAGGCCGAAAAAACCAAGCAGCUUUGGGGACCUUGUGUGCUUCAGUUAACUUUACAUUGUCAUCCCAAGUUCUGUGUUUGAAAAGCUUGUCUCAAAUGCUAGUCACUCUUCGAAAGUUAAAUCUUAUCUAAAGAUUUAAUCUGCUUAAAGGACCACAUCCUUUGCUCUUGGGAAGCCAGGUCUGUGAUGUGCCCACU